AUGAAUGGACCGUUGCAGUUUGGGGCAUGGUUGAGGGCUCUAGCGAGUAGAUUUUUGCAGAGCACAACAGGCCAUAAAGUAAACGAGGAGGGAAAGCGAAAGGAAAUUGAAACUCUAAUCCCCAUGAAUAAAGGUAAUAUAGGUGUAAGUAUUGAGGUUGAUAUUCCACUGGAGUCGGGUAGUAGCUUAAAGGAUCCUCGGGGCGGAUUUAAAGGCCCAAAGUUUGUGGAUGAAAUGGAGGGGGUUUUGGAGGAGUGUAGUAGCCAGUCUGGACUAGUAACUGAUAAGGUAGCCUAG